GUUCCACGUUACGCUCUUUUACACACCUACCUACUUCAACUACUCCUUCCCUGGCGCUCUAUUUUCGGAAACGAAAGUGAUAUUUUAAAUUCUUGUACAGCCGACAGUACAGCCUCCAUCCUCGACGCCCGUUUCAAUAAUCAAUCGCCGACAAAAGAAGAGCAAGAUGGCUAUCAACUGGGUACUUCCGGUGCGGGGUGUUCAGUUCGCCCUAUCAGCUACUGUGCUGGGAAUGAUGGCAUACGUGGCUUCGUGGUGGUCAUCGCACUGGCGGCAAAUGUCACCCGUCGAAGUGAACUUUAUGAUCUUCAGCCCCAUCUGGUCCAUCCUCGCGCUCGCCGCCCUCAUUGUCGUACCGAUGAAAUUCCCUUCCAUGGCGGAGCAAACCGGUCCCAAGAUUGGGCUGUUUGUCCUUGAGCUCGUCACGUCCCUAUACUGGUUCGGUGGCUUCGUUGCGCUCGCCGUCUUUUUGAACGAUCGCAUCUGCUUCGGAACUGUGUGUUCUAUUGCGAAAGCGGGAACCGCAAUCUCGGCGAUCAACUGGGCGGCCUGGGCAGCUACGUUGGUGGCUACGGUCAUCAGGGUUUUCUUCAACAAGGGCGCAAGCAUGAGCAAGGCGCCUGGCGCACCCAAGGUGGAAAUGCACCAAGGAGUCUAG